CUUUAUUGCUUUUUAGGAGGAAAAGAUGCCGUCAGCUCUGGCUUUGGAUAUUUUAUGUCGGCAGCUGUAGUGUUAUCUCUUUGUCUUGUGUCUUAUCUUAUGCUUCAUAGACUUGUAAGUAGACUGUACUAUAAGCCAUUACCCUUUAACUCGCAAGAGCGAUCAACAUCAAUUUUCUCUCAACAAUAUUAGUUCAUAAUUGAGAGAAAAGGUUAUGAGAAAUGAUAAUAUGAUCACUAAGGGGAAAUGCUUUGAUCUUUUAUCAAAUUCUCUCAACUUGUUCUUCAAUGAAAUGUAUAGAGAUCAGUGUGGAGAAACUGCAAGUGGAUAUUAAUGGGUCUUGAAGGGUCAAAAUAUUUCCUCCAUACUGCUUUUGAUACAUUUACACUAAGGUUGUGUAACUUAUUUGAUAAAAAUAAUAUCAAGAUGAUUUUAUGAACACUUCCUUUUGCUUUUCCUUUUUAUACAACAUUUUUCUCAAUAGCCUCUCUUUCACUAUUUUCAGAAAUUUGCCAGAUUUUUCAUAGCUCCACAUGAACACAGAAAAGAGAUCAGUAAGUAACAAAACAAAAUACAAAUAGUCAUUGUGACCAUUAUUAAUAAAUUAACCCUUUAAGUGCCAAUGGUGACCAACAUCAAUUUACUCCUAACAAUGUCCAUACAAUGUCAAGAGAUUCAGUUAUGAGAAUUGAUAAAAUGAUCACCAAAGAGAAAAUGCCUUGAUCUUUUAUGAAAUUCCCUCAACUCAUUCUUUAAGAAAAUGUACAGAGAUCCCUUUGGAGAACUUGUGUGUGGAUAUUGGGACUUGAAGGGUUAAUUGUGACAUGAUGAAAAUUAUGUUAGUCUAUCCUUUGUUUUGAAGAUGAUUAUCUCAAGUAAUGAUUUGGGUAAUGUGGAAAGCAUUUUCUUUCGUUAGGCAGCAAUGUGCUUUCCGGCAUAGGAAUGUUUUCAUUUUUACACCGAGAAUGCAUCAACCUACAGAAAGGCCAUUUAUGUGAUAAAAUGAAUUUAAAAAUUUUGACCAAUCAUAAGAGUUGCAAACAAUAGCCAAGAAAAGUUUAAAUUUUACAUGUUCCCCACAUGGGAUUUCUUUGUUAUUCAGUGUGGCCAAGAAAAGAUUUUGUUAUAUGGAAGUUGGUUGGAAAAGUAAAGAUCAAUGCAAUACUGCUUUAUGAAGUUUUCUUAACUUUUGCUGUUUAAGCCAAUCAGAAGUUAGCUUAUAGCACAGACAAUAGUAAAGUUAGCACCUUUUUGUAUUCCAACAUGUUCAAAGCCGUUGUUGCUUUCCUUCUUAUCUGUAUGGUUGCUUAAUUUUUCACUGGCUUGCUCUAGUAAGUAGUAAUUGUAGCUUUAGGUAUAAUUAAUUUUGUAAAAUUUUGUUUCCAUUUUCUGCAUCCACAGAGUUCCCUAGCAUCCAAGCUGAUCAAAUAGAAAGACUAGCAAACUGGCAGAUACCACCUUCAAAAAAAUCUGGAAACAUCAAACAUUCAACAUUAAGUAAGAAGAAAAUUGUUUAAACAGUUUCAUGGUACCUUGGAUAGCUUUUAGAAAUGAAUCUAAUGAAAGUACCCUUGCUAUGGUCUUCAUUUAGUCUUUUUAAUUCCUUGCCUUUUGCACCAUAUAAUAUGUCUUUAAAACCAUGAAAUUAUGAUGUGAAAAUUUUUGUUUUGGAUAAGUUUCACAUAUUAUAAACAAGGUUUCUGUUCCACUCUUCGUGACAGGGUAUUAACAGGUGUUUAUACCAGGCGAGAGUAUUUCUCAUGUCCAGAUAUUAAGCCAUCUAGUAUAGUGUGGACAUUAAAACUGAAAAAUCAAUAAGCUCAUGAGAGUACAAAUAUAUAAUAUUUUAAGAUGGCCUUUUUAGGGACCUUCAUUCAGUGGGGCUUAUUUUUGGAGGCCUUUUUGUAUUUUGAAUCUUGGCAGCCUACAGAGAGAGGAGCUUUGCUUAUAAAUUAUUUGGCAUGCCAGAGUAUGAACUUAAAACGACUUGUAUGCUUUUUAUCUUAAGGUUUGGAUCAUGAAGCUUUACUUGCAGUAGAUUAUCACCCCAAAGUUGAAGAAGUUCAUAGAAAUGGAAGACCACCAUUUAUGUUGAUAUUUAGAAAGGUGAGGAAGGAGUAAACUGCACUGAUAUAGUACUCUGUCUAGUUUUCAACAACAGUCUUGGCUCACUUGGAGAAAUGUCGUCUUAAAUGAGAGCCACAGAAAAUGACCAGAAAAAAAGGGCCAUUGCUGGGUGUCCCAUUAUUCAGAUAAGCAGUCAAACCAUUGAUUGUUUUACAGUUCACUCUAUUCUGAAUUAUGAAAUGCUUUUUCUUUCAGAUUGCAAAAUAUGGUCUGUCAGUUGCUCUUGUGUUUUUUGUUACACUUGCAGCAUUUCCGUCCCUUACAUCCAGAAUACAGUCCGUAAACAAAGCUGAUAAGUCAGAGUGGACAAGUAAGAGGAAAUUUCACUUAGUAUUUCUUGUUUGGUGUGAGUAUUGUCCUUACUACUAUGCUUACUAAAUGAUCAUUUUCUUUUUAGAUACCUACUUUGUGCCAGUUACUUGUUUCUUACUGUUUAAUGUUGGUGACUUCUCUGGACGAUUAGCAGCUUCUUUUGUUCAAUGGGUAUGUAUGAUCUUGCUUGUCUACACUACAAUAUUUCCCACUUAUUAAAGUUCAAGUUGUCUUCCAUAUCACUUAGCUUUUUGUUGUUAUUGAUCAGCAUUUUCUAAACCCUACUGUAUUGAUACAAAUCCUGUAGGACAAUUUAUUGGACUCUCUUAACUUCAAUUCAAUACUCCUGGACAAGUAGAUUUUCUUGCUAGGCAAGUAACUUCUAAAGCUUACUUGGUCNAUUUGGACGUUUGGGGUGAAUAUAACCGGUCUAAUAGCCAAGAUAAGUAUUAAAUAUGUUUUGCCGACAUGUAUUUGGAAAUAUUUCUGGCGGAUUUCGCGGUAUUUCGCGUUUUUUGGGAAUUUCGCAGGAUUUCGCGGAAAUACCUGAAUUUCGCGGGUCCGCGACAGCGCGAAAUAUCAGAAGCCCUGCAUUAUUCAGAUAAGCAGUCAAACCAUUGAUUGUUUUACAGUUCACUCUAUUCUGAAUUAUGAAAUGCUUUUUCUUUCAGAUUGCAAAAUAUGGUCUGUCAGUUGCUCUUGUGUUUUUUGUUACACUCGCAGCAUUUCCGUCCCUUACAUCCAGAAUACAGUCCGUAAACAAAGCUGAUAAGUCAGAGUGGACAAGUAAGAGGAAAUUUCACUUAGUAUUUCUUGUUUGGUGUGAGUAUUGUCCUUACUACUAUGCUUACUAAAUGAUCAUUUUCUUUUUAGAUACCUACUUUGUGCCAGUUACUUGUUUCUUACUGUUUAAUGUUGGUGACUUCUCUGGACGAUUAGCAGCUUCUUUUGUUCAAUGGGUAUGUAUGAUCUUGCUUGGCUACACUACAAUAUUUCCCACUUAUUAAAGUUCAAGUUGUCUUCCAUAUCACUUAGCUUUUUGUUGUUAUUGAUCAGCAUUUUCUAAACCCUACUGUAUUGAUACAAAUCCUGUAGGACAAUUUAUUGGACUCUCUUAACUUCAAUUCAAUACUCCUGGACAAGUAGAUUUUCUUGCUAGGCAAGUAACUUCUAAAGCUUACUUGGUCGAUGGCCGGGGGUUCAGGCAAGUCAAUGAUCCUCUAACAAAAUCAUUGACUAAGGCAAACAAGAAGUGGCCCCAGGUGAGCAAAUUGUAAGAGCUGCUCGCCCAAAGGAAAAACAGAAAUUCAAGUUUUUUGUUAGCCCUACCCUUAGAACAUGCUUAACCCUUUUAUUCCUUGUAGACUGAGUUAGGGUGAGAUGAAUAAUUAUUUUUGUCAUAUAAAUUUUUGACCUGUGCGACCAUUCAGGUGAAAACUCCUUGGAGAACUUCUGUGUACUUCUGUUUAUAUUAUAUAUGAUAUAGAACAGUCUUAUCUGAGACAUUGUUAUCUGGUUUUCUUUUUAAGGGAUCUCAGUCAUUUGGAAAAGCACUGUUAUCUUAAAUAGGGCAAUUUUUUUUUACUAUUUCAGCCUGGUAAAGAUGGCAUAAUUUUGCCUGCUCUCUGCAUCUUAAGAAUCGUCUUUCUUCCUCUGUUUGCCUUCUGCAAUGCACAACCCAGACAUGAUGCUCCAGUGUUUUUUGGGGAGGAUUACUACCCCAUUGUGUUUAUGGUGCUGUUUGCCAUUUCCAAUGGCUAUUUAGGAAGCUUGUGCAUGAUGUAUGGACCAUCGUAAGUUGACUUGAAUAAUUUGUUACUAUGUUUUCAUUUUACUGCCUUAACACAGACUGGGGAACACCUUUCAGGAAAUUUUUUAAUGAACUGAUUGUUGCCAAAUAUUUUUGCUACUCACCAUGGAACCAAAAUAAUUGUCAAACUUGGAGUGCCCAUCUAAUUAAAUCUGUCCAAAUUAUCUUUGCUACAUAUCAGGGUUGUCGGAAAGUUUUGAAGUAAAAGGCUGAGUUGUCAAAGUAAGCAGCCAGUCAGGGAUAUUCUAUCUAAAAAACCAGGGUUCUCAAUAGAUUUUUAAAUAGGAGGUGAUCACUGAUAAAGUAGGAGGCUCUUCAGCAAAGCCAGAGGUGUCAAAACAAAGCAAAGAAAAGCGACUUAAACACAAAGUAAGCGGCUAUAAAUCCCAAAGUAAGCGGCGAUCAAUCGCCGGGUGCCGCCUUCUAUUGAGAAGCCUGAAAAACGGCAUCCAUAAAGAAAUGCCAAGCAGAGUAGCUGGCCGAUACUAACCAAGUAGGUGGUGAUUUUCGCUGGCAGCCGGCUACUUUUGACAACCUUGUGCAUAUUGUUUUUGCCAAGUUCCAAAUGGCAUAAUGUUGUUUUCUUUGCUCAGGCUAACUAUGCAGAUAAUUUCAAAAUCUUUACAAUAAUAUUGUCGUCCAUGUAGGGGGUUCCUAUUAAAGUAACGGGUUCAUCAUAAGGAAAGUGCAUUUUAAUAACAUGUUUUUUUUUGUCUCUGUCUCUCUCUUUCCUAGCACUGUUGAACCAAAGCAUGCUGAGACAGCAGGAACUAUGAUGGCUUUCUUACUUAUUAUUGGCUUGGCUUUGGGUGCAGGGUUUUCUUUUGUCAUCACUAUGAAUCUGUAG